AUGUCUCCUCUCAGGAACAGAUUUGAGAGCCGUCUGCAGGGCAAGCUCCUGGUGAACCUCAUCACCGUGGUCUGCUCCGUUGGCUUCUCUCUCUUUGGCUAUGACCAGGGGGUCAUGGCCAACCUGAUAGGUGCCGACAAUCAAUUUGGCAAGACCUUCAACCACCCCAAUGCCCGCUUGCAGGGCACAAUCGUCGCCAUAUACGAGCUGACGGCGUUCGUCGGCAGCAUCGCCGUCAUCUUCGUGGGCGACUGGCUUGGCCGGCGACGGACUCUCAACUGGGGCAUCUACAUGCAGCUCCUCGGGGUCGUCAUCCAGUGCUCGUCCUACUCCGUGGCCCAGCUCAUCAUCGGGCGCUGCAUCACAGGCAUUGGCAUCGGGAUGCUUACGGCGGGCGUGCCGGUCUACCAGGCCGAGUGCUGCCCGGCCCACGACCGAGGACGGAAUGCCUGCAUCUUCAACUGGAUCUGCAUCUGCGGCGUCACUUCAUCUUAUUGGAUUGGCUACGGAUCUUCAUUUCUCUCAAACCAGGCGCAAUGGCGUUUCCCGGUUGCGUUCCAGGCCACCUUCAGCGUUGUGAUCCUCUUCAUGGUUCACAUCCUGCCGGAGAGCCCCCGGUGGCUGGUUCAUCACGGGUUUACGGAUGAAGCGAGGCGUGUCAUCGCGCGACUCGUGGGCACGAACGUGGAGCUCGAUGAUCCCCGGGUGCAGAGCUUGCAGGACGAGAUCCAGGUCGCCGUCGCCACGGAAAGGGAGGCUGGGAAUAUGAGCAUCAGAGAGAUGUUCUCGAGCGGCAACCUUCGGAACGGCCGGCGGAUGCUGCUCUGUCUGGCGGCGGGACUCGGCUGCCAGAUGAGCGGUAUCAACCUGAUCACGCAAUACGCGCCCAUCAUCUUCCAGAACUCUAUCGGCAUGAGCCGGGGUAUGUCGCAGCUGGUGGCCGGCUUCAACUCGCUGGAGUACAUGCUCGCGACGAUCCCGCCCAUCUUCUACAUCGAGAAGGUUGGGCGACGGAAGGUGCUCAUGUGGGGAGCGUUCGGACAGUCCAUGACCAUGAUGGUGCUUGCUAUCACUGUACACAACGGCGGCUACACGGCUGGUAUCGUCGGCGCCGCCAUGCUCUUCCUCUUCAACACUAUCUUCGCCCAGGGCUGGCUGACCUGCCCGUGGCUGUACGCCUCGGAGAUCUGCACACUCCAACUGCGAGCGCGCGGCGCAGCAAUGGCGUCGGCCGGCUUUUGGAUCAUCAACUUCGCUGUGGUGGAGUUUACGCCGUCGGCCAUCGACAACAUUGGAUGGCAGACGUACAUCAUCUUCACCGUCUUCAACGCCGUCUUCAUUCCGCUCGUCUAUUACUUCUUCCCAGAGACAACCAACUUGCAGCUCGAGGACAUGGACUAUCUCUUUGAGCUCAAGGGCUGGACUGCCGGCGCCCGCGGUGAGGCUAGGGAGCGCAUCCAGAUGCGGCACGACGAGGAGAAUGCGCGGCGAAGGGAGCAGAUCAACAGCGGGACAGAGAAGAGCAUGGUUGAGCAUAUUGAGAAGGCGACGGAUGGAAGCGCUUCCUCAUCGAAUGAGUCGCAGCACGAACAUUAGGCCAUUGUCGAGGAGAUUCAGACGGGUUACCUCGUAGGUUGGCUAGAGUCAACGCAAGGAUUCUGGACGACCCGAAGGCACCCUUUGUGCAGCUGACGUCUGGAUGGACGAUAUCACACAGCCCGGGGAAUGAGCUUGGCAGGAUCAAGGGUGAAAUGAAGAACAGACCGUGUAGCUUGACUCUAGUCUGACAUUGUAGAAAUAGGCUGUGGCUUUGGCACCCGUGAAAUACCAAUA